UAAAACAAAACUCAGGGGUAUACACACACAGAGAGAGAGAGAGAGAGAGAGAGAGAGAGAGACAGACAGACAGACAGACUGACAGACAGACAGACUGUACACUAAAUAAAUCAUUGCUCCCUUUUUUCUGGAAGUACAAUUAAGCCAUGAAUUAAGGAAAAAAGUAUAUUUUGGCCAAAUACACUUAAAACUCCAAAUCAAGUUUUUAUUGUUUAGCAAAGAUUUGCAGACAGGGUUCUGGGUCUUGAAAAGAUGUGUUGUGCCAGAUUGUUCAGGGACUUAGGCUGUGCAUAUUUCUUCAAGUGGUUCAACAAAGAUUCAUGGCAUAGCCUAGAUUCCAAAACUCCUAGGCAAGCUGACGGUUGCAAAUAUCCUUUCCUUCUGACAGCAUGUGUCACUGUAAGGGAACUGGUCUCUCUUUCGAUAUGUGCAGGCACACGUAUACGAUUUUUUGGUGGUAUAUAUUGUCAUUAUGAGAUGUUGUCUCUCGGCGCUUCAUUUGUGCAAAUUAAAUUCGAUGAUCUGCAGUUCUUUGAAAACUGUGGUGGCGGAAGUUUUGGGAGUGUAUAUCGAGCCAGAUGGUUAUCUCAGGACAAGGAGGUGGCUGUGAAGAAGCUGCUUAAAAUAGAAAAAGAGGCAGAAAUACUCAGCGUAUUGAGCCACAAAAACAUCAUUCAGUUUUAUGGCGCCGUUAUUGAACCCCCAAACUAUGGCAUAGUUACAGAAUAUGCUUCUGCUGGGUCAUUGUAUGACUAUAUUAAUAGCAACAGAAGUGAAGAAAUGGAUAUGGAACAUAUAAUGACUUGGGCAAUGGAUAUAGCUAAAGGAAUGCAUUAUUUGCAUAUGGAAGCUCCAAUCAAAGUAAUCCAUAGAGAUCUGAAGUCCCGGAAUGUGGUUAUAGCUGGUGAUGGAGUAUUGAAGAUUUGUGAUUUUGGGGCUUCAAGGUUUCAUUCCCAUACAACACACAUGUCGCUUGUUGGUACUUUUCCUUGGAUGGCUCCAGAAGUAAUCCAGAGUCUCCCAGUAUCAGAAACAUGUGAUACAUAUUCAUACGGUGUGGUUCUCUGGGAGAUGCUAACAAGGGAAGUCCCCUUUAAAGGCUUGGAAGGAUUACAAGUAGCUUGGCUUGUAGUGGAAAAAAAUGAGAGACUGACCAUUCCAAGCAGCUGCCCUGGAAGCUUUGCAGAAUUGAUGCUCCAGUGUUGGGAAGCAGACCCCAAGAAGAGACCCUCUUUCAAGCAGAUCAUUUCGAUUUUGGACUCCAUGUCAAAUGAUAGCAACCUUCCAGACCAAUGCAAUUCAUUCCUGCACAACAAGGCAGAAUGGCGAUGUGAAAUAGAGGCCACCUUAGAAAGACUGAAGAGAUUGGAACGCGAUCUGAGCUUUAAAGAACAGGAACUAAAGGAAAGGGAAAAACGCCUGAGAAUGUGGGAGCAGAAGCUAACUGAACAAUCCAACACACCGUACAGAGCAUCUGAUUGGGGGAGAAUCUGGGAUCUCCACUUUUGCUUCCCUUUUGCUGCCAGAAUGUCUGAGGCAUCUUACUUUGAAUCUAAAACAGAGGAAUCAAACAGUGCAGAGAUGUCAUGUCAGAUUACCGCCGCAAGUAAUGGGGAGGUAGCUGGCAUGAACCAGAGUCUGAAGGCCUUGAUGAUGCAAGGUUUUGGGGAUGUCUUCUCUAUGAAGGAGGCAGGAUCCGUCCUGCAUUCUGGAAUGCAGAUCAAUAUGCAAGCCAAAAAGAAUUCUUCCAAAACCACUUCUAUGAGAAAAGGGAAGAAGGUCAACCUGGCGCUGGGGUUCCAUGAAUUCGACUUAUCUGAUGAUGAUGAUGAUGAUGAUGAUGAUACCGAUGAUGAGGUCAAUUUUGAGGAUGACAGUGAUUAGCAGUAAAGGAAAAGCUGUGAGAACUCUAGUCUUGGCAUCUAUAACAAAAGGGUGAAGAACACUGAGGAAAAAGUAUCCCAUUUUUUUCCCCAUUUUUUGAGUAAGAACAGAGCACCAUUUUGUUGCACAGAACCAUUUUGUUUUCUUAUUCAUGUUCCUUAUGUUUAUACCCUCUAUGUGGUUUCUUUCUUUCUUUUUGCUUUCAAUUUUAAAAUUAAUUUAAACAAUUUUGGGUUGUUUGUUUAUUUAAGUUUUUUGUUGUUGUUUAUGUUGACCUAUUGUCGACACAGUUAUGGCUCAAUAUUAUGCUAAUGCUGAAACUGCAGGAGUUUUCUUUUAAGUAUACAUCUAUUAUUGUUCCUCCUGUAGGUCUCUUGAGCAGGUUAACGGAUAAAAUGUAUAAUUCCAUUUGGGGUUUUCCUGCAUAUUUUAUAGUUGUAAUUCCAAAGAUUCAUACAUACAGCAGUGGGCUAUAUACUAGAGUCAGUUUGGUAUAGGGAUUAAGGCAUCAGGCUAGAAACCAGAAAAUUAUGAGUUCUGGUCCCAUCUUGGGUACAAAGCUGGGUGAGUGACCUUGGGCCAGUCACUUUCCCUCAGCCCUAAGGAGGAGGAAGAGCAAAAUCACUUCUGAAAAACCUGGCCAAGAAAAUUGCAGGGAUUUGUCCAGAUGGUCACCAGGAAUCAACACGGACUAGAAGGCACACAUAGACAAAUGUACAUAUAUUAAGAUUUAUAGGAAACAAACAUUUUCAAAUGCUAACUUUAUCCGGCAGUACAACUCACCUACUUGGGCAAGGUGAGAGAAUGGAAUAAGUUUUACCGAUUCUAAUAUAGAUUUCCUGCCAUUCAAGUAACAUGUCGUUAGCAUUAUUGUAAAAUAACUAAGGAAAAUCCAAUCUGGACAAAGCCUUCUUGAAUAGCUGGGUUGUUCUUGUGUGAUAAAUAUGUCUUUUUCACACUGUUGCUUAUUUAUUGCCAUUUUUGUCUUUUUUCUGUUGAUAAAAAUCUUAGUAAAAAUGAAAAAAGGAACACAAUGCAAUGAUAUUUAAAUCCACCAACUUCUUGAGUCAAAGCAAACAUAAAAUUCGUAUUUCCACAAAUUAUAGUCAAACAUAAUUGCAUAGAAACAACCAAGGAUCCGGGUUAGGGCUCCACAUCUAACUGAUUGCUUUGAUUAAUUUAAGCAGAAAAUUUAACUGAAUAGGACCUUCUACUUAAUCAGGUAACAUAUUUCUAAGAAUGUUCAUUUUUUUAAAAGAAUUUAGGAAUCUAUAAAAUGAUAAAGGACUUUCUUAUUUCUUGCAUACUUUUUUUCUUCCCUGGAGUUACUUCUUUUCAUUUUACAUGUUUUAUCAUUCUGAAAUAAUUGAAAGGGAAUUCAUUGUGUUGAUUCUCAAACCCUUCUAGCACAUCCCUUGCCUAGUCUGCUUUCUCCCCUUUCUGUGAUGGAAUUGUCAGACAGAAGAAAAAAUGCUAGAAGUUUCCACACUAACUUGGAAGAUGUAUCAAGUUCAAAUCAUUCUACCCUUAAAAAUGAUAGUUUGAUUAAUUCUAUAACCUCUAGGAUAUUCCUAGGGAUUAUAAUAAGUGGUGGGAUUCAAAUAUGUGAACAACCGGUUCUCUGUGUGGAUGCUGCUUCCGGAAGUCCAUUCUGGGCCUGGGCAACAAAGAAUUAGCUACUGAAGUGGUGCGAACCGGCUGAAUUCCACCACUGCUUAUAGUCUUAAAUUGCAAUCCUUUACUGAUGGUAAAGCCAUGAAACUUACUUUUUAGCAAAUAAGUUAUCUUGAUUAUCUUGAUUGAUAGUUUUCUAUGUUUAUUGGCCUUCAGACACACAGAUCUUAGGAAGAUACUGAUUGCUUGUAGAAACAGGCUUUGAAAGUAGCUCCUUCACACAUAUUUCCAACUCAUUUAACUUCCAAAAUUUUACUGUAGUGCUGAAUAUUCUGGAUUAACUAUUAGGACAUUACUAAAGCUUCAUUUUGGAUGCUGUGUCACAGAGUACAAUUGUGCUGCUGCAUAUUGCAAUCAGAACUUAACAUUUCUAAGUUUGGGUAUACAAGUAUACAAGCAGUGUUAUUUUGAUAACACUAAAAGCCCUAAUCUAGUGUAUGGAGUACAAUAGUUUAUUGUUGUAUGAGAAAGCAUGGCAGUCACACUUUAAAAUAGUUAAACAGAACUUAGUGAGUUUUGGACAACUAUGAAAAGCCUAUUAGAUCUGAAAUAACUUUCCUCACUCCGGAUGUAUUGGCAUUAUUAUCUUCAGCAUUCCCCGGCAACAUAGCCAAUGUGAAUUUUGGAAGCAAAAGUCACAAUACAUCUGGAGAGGAACAGUGUGUAAAUUGUGUCACAUAGAAGUUCCAUGGAUACAUUCUAAGGAAAAUCUGAACCCAAGUAGUCCAGUGGUUCUCAACCUAUGGGGGCCCACAGUGUUGUUACAGGUGGUCCGUGAAGGCUUGAAGAAAUGUUAUGAUUUAAAUCUUAAGUUAAGUCUUGGUGGUCUGUGGCUCUGGUCCAUGUUCACCAAAGGUAUUUGAAAAGGGUCCAUGAUGAAGAAAAGGUUGAGAACCAUUGAAGUAGACUAUAAUCUACUUUGGCAUAAUGCAUUUAGUAAUUUCUUUGGAGCUAUUCCCUUUUUCCCUUUUUCAUAGAUUUUUUUUUACCUAAAAGAAAAGAUCGAUAGUGUCAUAUAAAAGAAAGAUUAAGAAUAGAAUGCAGUGUCAUUUUUACUUUAUGUAAUAUCCAUUGAUAACCUAGGGUUAUAAAAUGCUCUCCCCUGGUGUAUUAAGUUGUGACAUAUUAGUAGAAUAAUGCAUUAAUAGGGACAGUGAAAUCUGCUGUUUUACUAUCACAAUAUCUUCUGUAUAGUUUAAUAAAAUCUGUUGCUUGAGCCACAUUUGGUUUGGUAAUUCCCCUGAAAUCAUUGCAUUUUUUUCCAUUUUUGUUUUAAUAAAAUAGCAUGAGAAGCAGUAAUAGCUUCCAGUCCUGAAUAUCUGCUCUACAUUUGAAAACUAGUAAAAAAGCCAUCCUUAUUUUCUUUUCAAAACUUGAAUUUUAAAACUAUUUUUAUUGAAAAGCCUGCCUAAAGCUUACUUGAUAGGCAAAGGAUAAUUCCAGAAACAUUACAGAGGCAAAUUAUAUAAACACUUUCAGUUAUUUCAGAAAUUUGUAAAGCCUCUCUGUUGAAAUCUGAUCCAGCAUAUUACCAUUUGGGGGUGGGGUAGGGUUGUUUUUUUUGCUUUUUACACUUUUGAAAUGUUUUAUAUUGAUUAAUAAGGAGGUAAUGUUAUUUGUAUUCAAAUGUGUAUGAAAAUGUAAAUGGAAAGUAUUUCAACCAUGUUUAGAAAAGUUGAGACUUGUUUUCCGCUGUGCCGUGAUAACUCUGUGCCAAAACUACUACAAAGUGUGAACGGAAUAUAAAAUUUGUAUGGAAUGUGAAAUGUUCCACUUCUGCAUGGCAAGACUUUUUUUUUUGUAGUUACUUUUUUUCAUUAUAGUAUUUAAUUAUGUGAUGUCUUGCUUCAUUCAUUUAAUGGUUUGCAUUUUUAAUUAUACACAGGACACCAAAAUGUAACCAGCCUUUUUUUUUUUUUUACAGUUUGGUGUCAUAAAUCCUAAUUUGUUGUGAGCUGUUUUUCUUUGCUUCUCUUUGUUUCAUUUUUGACUUUACAAUAAACGUGAUGACACUGAAAAAAUUAUA